AUAAAGAAAAGCAAGCCAAUAAUUGCGAGUGUUUAGGAAAUAGAUGCGUUCUCGGUCUAAAUUUUUCCGAGUUGGCCACUAGAAGAGUAAAGGGAUAUUCUGCAAGUAUUUUUGACUAUUCUUCUUCAACUUCUUCUCCUAGAUAUCAUUUAACUGAAAAUGAAAAACAAAUUGGUGGUUUAACCAGUUAUCCAACUAGUAGAAUAAAUGAAAUUAAAGAAUAUGUAAAACAAGGAAAUGAGAACAGAAUAUCUAGGAAGUAUAACGACAAAGAUAGAAAGAUAACACACGAAGGAGAAUUAAAUUUAGGGGGAAACAAAAUAUCUUGCUAUGUUCUAGAAGAUGGAACUCGAGUUUUAUCAGGUCGGGGGAUGCAAAAUGCUUUGAAAAUGACCGAUGAAAAUGACAAACAAAGUUCAGGAAUUAAACUGGGUCAAAAUUUGAACCAAAAAUCACUUAAACCCUUUGUAGAUAAGGAAAAAACAUCGGGUCAUUUUGAGCCAAUUGUUUGUUACAAAGGUGAUUUAAAAAUUCAUGGUUAUAAAACAACUGCCUUAACAUCUAUAUGUAGAAUUUACUCAAGAGCAACUUGA